AUGUUCAACUUGGGAGCCUUCUUUCUUCCAGCACUCUACAGCACUCUCAGUAAGCUGUGGGUCGCCAAUAUCGACUCGAGCCAGGUGGUCUUGACAGAGAUCUACACGUACAUUGGCAUCGUCGCCGAAGUCCUCAACGAUGCAUUUCCACGUUCUGCUUGGCACAUCAUUGGAGAUAAAAGCACAAGAUCGGUCCGUUCACGGUUCAAUCUGGCAUACACCUUGAUGAUAGUUACUGCGGCCCAAGGAUUUAUCCUGAUGAUCGUCUUUCUUGCAUAUCCUCAAAGCUUAGCAAAGGCCUUUGUUCCUGAGGAGGUUCAAGGAAUCUCCCUCACUUAUGUGAGGCUGUCUUCGGUUCAAUUCUUGACCUCUGCAACGGAAGCUGCUCUGUCAUCAUCAACUCAAGCUCUUGAUAAUCCUGAUGUCCCUUUGAUUUUCAGCUCUGCCAAGUUUGUUAUCAACAUUGUGCUAGAUUUCCUGGUCAUCUCCAAAUUUCACGUCACGAAGCAAAACCCGACAAUUGUCUCUCAGGCUGUCGUGAGACUUGUUUGCGAUAUUGUCUCCGUUGUGGCCGGUCUAUUGUACUUUUCUCUCAUGGUUGCACGGAAAGUGCAGAAAGAACCAGACGGGAGAGAGCACUUGAGCAUCGGGUUCUCGGCCUUCAUGACUCUUCUUAAACCUAGCGUCUACACCUUCACAGAGUUUGCGAUCAGAAACGCAAUAUACCUCUGGUAUAUGCUACCGCUUGGGGUGUUUUCAAUACGAUCCGCUGGGGAGUAG